GCGGCUGCAGGUCCCAGAGCUCUUUCGAGGAUGGCAUGCCCUGGGAAGUGGGUCUGGUGCCCACUACCUCAAUUGUACCUAAGGGCGGGCCGCUAAAGUGCCACCAAGACCAUGGAGCUGGGGGUUAGCACACCACAAGAAUACCCCUCUUCCUUUAGAAGCUGAUUUCCUCUCGAAUAUUUUAAAGGACAUACUACAAAGUUUUGCCAUAGAUUUUAACUGACAAAAUUCUGUUCCCAAAGUCCUCUGGGAAAUGUCCCAGACAUCAGAGAGCCCUUCCAAGAAGCGGUCACUAGCGCCAUUAUCAUCCAGGGGACUUGGGAGUUCCUGGGGAUUUUGGGGGUCAGCAAGUGUCAAAGGAACCACUUCACAGGAGGAAAUCGCUGUGGGGCUUUCCCGCGAGGCCCCGCCCCGGCUGAGUCAUCAACUGCUGGGCUGGACCUACAGCCCUCUGAGCCUGGACUGCAGAGCAAGCAGCUGCGAUCCUGAGAGCUCAAGAGUGGUAUUUCUGAGUCCAUCUCUUUUGGUUAAAGUUCUUUGGGAAUCUGCUCUGCUGCUAUUCCAUCCAUGCAAGAUUCCAUGAUGAGAAUUGGCUACUACAACAUGGUGACUACUGUGCUGCUGAUCAUGAACUUGGAGAGAACAAGAUCAAUGCAGGAUCCCUGUGCGAACUGUCCAGCUGGUACCUUCUGUGGCAAAAGCAGGCAUCUGAUUUUCGCUCCCUGCCGUCCCAGUGGCCCCCCCUGUGACAGCGGACAGAGAACCUGUGAGCUCUGCAGGAGCUGUGAAGGUGUUUUUAGGACCAAGACAGCUUGCUCUCCCACCAGCAACACCGAGUGUGAGUGCAUCGCUGGGUACCACUGCUUGGGGCCAGGAUGCAAAAUGUGUGAGCAAGAUUGUGACCAAGGUCAAGAACUUACAAAACAAGGUUGCAGAGACUGUCGCAUUGGCACGUUUAACAACCAGAAAGGCAGUAGCUGUCGACCCUGGACCAACUGCUCUUCGGAGGGAAAGUCUGUGCUUGUGGAGGGGACGAAGGACAGCGAUGUGGUCUGCGGGCCGACUUUGACCGGCUCCUCUCCAGGUACCACCUCUGCCACUGUGCCUGCACCUGCAACAGGAGAGCCAGGGCGCAGUCCGCAGAUGUUCACCUUCCUGCUGGCGCUGACGUGGGCUGCCCUGCUCUUCCUGCUCUUCUUCCUCGGGCUCCACUUCUCCCUGGCCAAACGGAGCAGAAAGAAACUCCUGUACCUGCUCAAACAACCGUUUAUGAAACCGGUGCAAACCGCUCAGGAGGAAGACGCCUGCAGCUGCCAGUUUCCAGAGGAAGAGGAGGGAGGCUGUGAACUGUGACACGGGAACCCAAAGAGAAGAAUUGGCGGCGAAUUGUGUGUGCCUGCAUCUUUCUGCUGUGAAAGCCGCCCUUGCAGCUAGACACAUCCACCUACAGGCCAGCCCACUGGCCGUCGACUGAGUGCCACGUUAACAGAAGCAAGGGGCAUUUUCCUAGUAUCUCUGCUUUUCUAGCCCUUUCCACCUAAAGAUUUCUUUAUUUAUUUGAAAGGUGAGUCACAGGGAGAACGAGACAGAUCUUCCAUGCAUUGAUUCACUC